GGAGAAGAAACGAAAAUCCUCAGAAAGUAUGAGCAGGAUCAUUGGGCUCCUGGUCGCCUUGGUCUGUCUUGUCAAGAUGGGUGCCCCAUCCCACAAAUGGUCCAUGCAGGUCCCAUCAGAUGUGACAGGGGAAGCUGGUGGAGGAGUUGUUCUGCUCUGCACCUUCACUCACCCCCACAAGUAUUAUGAUGGCAUGAUCACUGUCAUCUGGAGGAUCCGGGAGCCCUUUAAUGGGAGUCAAGUGUUUCGCUGCGUGGUACACAGCAACAGUGACCAUUGCCAGACCACUGUCAGCUACAAGGGCAAGUACAAACUGCUUGGCAACCCACGACACAAUAACAUCUCCAUCAGGCUGGACAACCUGACCUGGAUGGAUGAUAACCGGUAUUUCUGCAGAGUAGAAUUUGCUGGAGACAUCCAUGACCGCUAUGAGAGCAGGAGUGGAAUCCGACUCCAUGUGAUUGCUGCUCCCAGGAUCAUCAACAUCACAGUGCUACCAGGCCCUGACCACAUUUUCAGUGCCCGAUGUACCGCAGAAGGGGAGCCCCUGCCCUCCCUCACCUGGACUGGUCCGAGUGCUGGCAAUAGCACCUCUGUCUACAGCCAGAGCCAUCAGAUUACCAAGGAGCUCCAUGCCCUGGCCCAGGACGGCCGCUACACCUGCACUGCUACCAACAGCCUAGGCCAUGCUGAGGGCAGCGUCUACUUCUACAAGUUCCGAGCAGCAGGUGACUCUUCGGUACUUCUGACUCUUCUCUUUGCCCUGGGAAUCAAACUCUUACUGCUCCUGGUGAUUCUGGGGGCCUUCGCGUGCCAGAGCAAAGCUACACAUUCAGCAGCCCAAGAGACCCUUUCAAGGCCACAGGUUCAGGAGUCCAGUUAUGAAAACUUGAACCACAGCAACAACCGAGCCCCACCAGCAGCCGCUGCAGCCCAGUGAUGAAAAGCUGUCAUGCUAUCGCCUCUGAGAGAAGCCUCAGCUAUGUGGGCAAGUGCCUCACUUUCUCCUUCCCUUGGAUAUCAGGGAAAGAUCCCUUUGCCCCACGAAAUCCAGCGGCACAGCCCAGGGAAGUCGACUAGUCAUUUCCACCCUUACUUGGCUGACUUCAACUUCUAAAAACUUAUCCAUGCAAACUCGGGGAUUACCAGGAAAACCAGAAGAAUAUGUAAUUCUGUAUGUAUGAAAUAUGGUGUUGCCACUAAAACCAAGGGGAGACAAAGUAGAGAAAGAAAACCACAGGCCAAUAUUCCUAAUGAAUAAUGGCAUAUAAAUAUUAAAUUAAAUAUUAGCAAUAGUGCAAAACAACAUAUCAAAGAGAUUAUUACAUGCUAUAAUCAGAUUGGAAUUAUACCAGGAAUACAAAUUGGUUCAACAUAAAGAAAACUAUAAAUACAACAGAGAAUAUUAAUAAUAAAAAUAAUUUUGAAACAUGUAAUUAUAUAGAUAGGUAAUGAAAGAGGUUUUUUUUUUACCAAAUUCAGCACUAAUUUAAAAACUUUUUUUUAAAAAAGUGUGAGAACUCUCCUUAUGAAAAGUAUUACCUAUCAAAUACCAAGAACAAACAACAUUUGUAAUGAAUAUAAGCUAGAGAACUUUCCAAUAAAAGCAAGAUAAAGCAACUAUCACCACUACUAUUUUAUAUAUUGCUAAAAACACUAGCAUUAGCAAUAAGACAAAUAAUUGAAUAAGUAUAGACAAAGAGGAAAUAAUAUUAUUACUAGGUGGCUCAGUAGACAGAGUGCUGAACUCUGAAGUCAGGGAGACCUGAGCUCAAAGUCAACCUAAGACAUUUAUUAGCUGUUACCUUGGGCCAAUCAUUUAACCUUUAUUUGCCUCCAUUUCCUCAUCUAUAAAAUGGAAAUAAUAAUAGCAUAUACUUCCCAAGUUUGAACUGAGGAUCAAAUGAGAUAAUAUUUGUUGAAGCACUUAAUAUAACAUCUGGUACAUAGUAGACGCUAUAUAUACACAUAUGCUAUUAUUUUUUUUUGCAGAUAAUAUGAGUCUACUUAUAAAACCAUAGAGGAGAACUAAAAUUUAAUUAAAACAAGAACUUUAGCCAAGUUAUAGGAUAUAAAAUAAAUCCACAAAAAUCAUAACAUUUGUACAUACCAACAAAAUCCAGUAUAAUACCAUAAUACCAACAAAACACAGGAGGAAGAGAAAUUCCAUUUAUGAUAACUAAAUAAUGUGUAAAAUACUCAGGAAUCUCCUAUUAAGAAACACAGGAACUAUAUGAAUACAAUUUCAAUACACUUUAUAGGGGAAAAUUUGAAAAAAAAAGUAAUUGAUCAUGAGUAGGCCACGCCAAUAUAAUAAAAAUACAAUACUAACUGAAAAAAAUUACUUAUUCAGAACCAUAAUUAUACAACUACCAAAGAAUUACUUUAUUGAGCUAGGGAAAAUAAUAAAAAAAUUCAUCUGGAGGAACAAAGUUUCAUAAAUCUCAAGGGAAAUAAUGAAAAAAGUGGGAAAUAAGGGAAUAUAGCAGUAAGAAGUCACAAACUAUACAACAAAGUAGGAAUCCACAAAUGAUAGUACUAGGUCUAUUAGUAGAACAGAUUAGGAACACCACAUACUGAAGAAAACCUAUACAAUUGCCUAGUGACCUGUAAGCAAAUACAAGGUUAUGUACAAUUUUUGUAAAAUCCAAGGUUUAAACAUUUUUUGAGAGAAAUUUCAGGAAAAGAAGCUCACUAACUCCUCAAAUCAAGAAAGUGAACUGUUUGGAUAAAGUGCCAUGAAGAAACCUACACUGCAUCAGAAGAUCUAGAAUAAACUUUGAGAUGUAAUUGACUGAACUGAAGGGGGCUGAACAUAUCAUUUAUUUUGAAUGUAAACUCUUAUGCCAGAGGGGACUGCUCCCUAAUUGGCUUUUUGUCAAUGUGCCUAGCAAACAUUGGUUUUGCACUCUCUCUUCUUUUUCCCUCUCAUCUCCAACUAUUGUAGUUUCCUCUUAGAAAGUGCAAUAUUGUAUGCACCUUUAGCUAAAAGAUCUUUUAGAGGUAUAAGCUAGUUAAGUUAAAUGAUUCAUUGGGGAGAUUAGUCUCCCAAAGAAUCACAGGGGGGAUUAUGAAGAUUAAUUCUCUUCUUAUCUAUUUUUAACUAAUUGAAUCAAGAACUUAAAUUACCCCUACUUACCAUUAAGUAUGAGGGUUCAAUUACUAGAGUAAACUCACACCUCCAAAGGCUCCCCACCCCCUUGGGCAGUGCUAGACAAAUUGAAAGACUGCCAUUGGUUUUUGUGAAGAAGGUGGAGUGACAGGAAGUGACAUGGAAAAAGAAGCAUUAAAGAAGAGACCAACAUGGUCUAGGGUUCAUUGCCCUUCCUGGAAUUUGGAGAGAUUGGUUUCAGAGAUUCCAUUUCUGGUUUGAAGGAGACUUUUUCUCUGGAUCCCAUGUCAGCUUGCUGAGUGAGUGGCUGAGAUUCCAACCUUGGCUUUGGAGGAGGAUGUGUUGGUGGAACCCCUUGUUAAAGAUACCUCUGGGACUUCUGGCUGAGGAUUACUGAGAAAUUCAUGUCUUGAGGAAGCCCUGCCUGGGCUAAGUCAGACUUCACCAGAGAAAGGCUGGUUGGCUUGUUAGGAAUCUGUCUAUCUACAUUUACACUUUCACUCUUUCCACCUCUUUGUAAAUAAAAGCUGCUAAAA